CACUGCGACCACCGACCAUCUUCGUUUUCGCGUGCAAGAGCAUCACCGAUCAUGCUCAUUGUUCAAUGGCGUGUCAAUAUAGUACGUAAAACGACACAUGCGUAUGGGUAUGGGCACAGGCAAAUUCAAUUUGCCAUUUGCCACGUAGCACAAUUGAUUACUGUGGGCCCCAGUAUGGUCCUGUGGUCCCACCGCAACCGCUCCAAUAACUAGGGAAUUCGACGGUCAGGAUCCUUCCAGCACACCUCCAAUCCAAUCUGACGGUGGAGACGCCAUCCGCACGUCCCGCGCGGUCCGUCGGUCGCCCGUAGGCCCACCACACUUGAACCAUUGAAAUUUCAGCCCCCCAAGACAGUUCAGUCAGACAAUCACGCUAAUUAAUUACAUUCGCCGAAAAUAAUUAACAAUUAGUUAAAAAAACCACCGCCUCGACCUCGUUUCCUCCGCCCCCAUCGCCGUCCGUCGUCUCCUCCGCCUUCCUGUCUGUCUGCCCGCUCCCCACCUCCCCCCUCUAAAAAAACCCCCGGGCUGCGGCCAUUGCCGCGCCAAGCUCCCCGCCCUCGAAUGCCACAGACCCGGACACCACGACGACGCCCACCCCCGUGCUCACAUGGCUAGCGGCGUCCUCCACCGCGCCGGCUCACUAUGUCUCCGCCCCGCCGCCGAGCCAGCCGCCGCUGACUCCGGCCGGGGCCACGGCGCGGUGAUGAUCGGUGAUUCGAGGACGCAGCGCGCUGCUGCUCUGCGGCUUGGAGGAUCUAGCCGGAGAGAGUUAUUAUCUGUCACAAUGGCCUCCAGAGAUCACACUGGCUUGACCCGGCAACUUCUGGAUUUUCAACACGAUACAAUGGAUGAGGUAGGUGCAGAACAUGAUCCAUUCGUGGAUUUGAAAGCGAGAUUCCUGGACUUCAAACACAGAAACUGUGUGGAGAAUUUUUCAAAUUACCAAAGUCUUGCUCAGCAGCAAACACCAAAGUUCAUGGUGAUUGCUUGUGCUGACUCCAGGGUCUGCCCUACCGCUGUUUUAGGGUUUCAGCCGGGGGAAGCAUUUACAGUUCGUAAUGUGGCAAAUUUGGUACCACCAUAUGAGCAUGGGGGGUCAGAGACUAGUGCAGCACUAGAGUUUGCUGUCAAUACACUCCAGGUAGAAAAUGUACUGGUGGUAGGCCACAGUAGGUGUGGGGGCAUCCAGGCACUAAUGAGCAUGAAAGAUGAUUCGACCUCCGGAAGCUUCAUUAAAAACUGGGUUUCAAUUGGUAAGAGCGCAAGGUUAAGCACGAAAGCUGCUGCUGGAAAUUUGAGUUUUGACAUGCAGUGCAAACAUUGUGAAAAGGAGUCAAUAAAUAGCUCUCUGUUGAACUUGUUAACAUACCCAUGGAUAGAGAAGAGGGUGAAUGAAGGUACUUUGAAUCUUCAUGGAGGCUACUACAACUUUAUUGAUUGCACAUUUGAGAAAUGGACAUUAUUGUACCGUGAAGGUUUGGAAGGUGGAAGCAAGUAUGCUAUAAAGAAUAGGUCCACCUGGUCUUGACCAAUGAAGGCCUUGUUUACUUGGGUAAAUUUCACUCUGUCCCCUGCAGUUCAGCAUGGUUUUGCUUUGCCACUGCGAUGUUCAUUUCCAUUGCACCUUGCUCCAUUGUGGUAUUGAUGUUCUGCAGAAGCGAGUCCCUGUAUCAAAUAACUGUUGCAAGGUUGUUGGCAUCGUCCAUUGCCACACAUGAUACUAUGCCACUAGCAGUCGUCAGCUUCAACUGUGUGUUGUCGUAUUGCAUACACGGGUAGUAGGUGCAUCAGCAUUAUAGCAGUUAUUUGAUACAGGAACUCUCCACUGUAGAAGUACAAACCCACAAUGGAGUGAGGUGCAACGCAAUGAACAAUAUGGUAGCAGAGUGAAAGUCUGUGGAAUUGCCGGGGGCAAAGUGAAAUUUAUCCGACUAUUUAUUUGUGUGUUGUUUUCCGGUUGAAACCGUUGAGAAAAUACGAAUAAGCUGCAGGAUCAGUCAUAGUGCAUGUAAUUGUCGCCACAUUUGGCGUUACCUUGUUAUUGUAACAUGUGUACCAUUUGUUGUAUCAUUAUAACUGUGAAAUACAAAUAUUAUACGGCCUCGUCAAAUUUGCUUGUU